GACAGAGGAUUAGCAAGAUUAAUCUCAGUAGAGGAAGAAAUGGCAUCUGAACAAGAAAUGGACAAGACAGUUAUGUCGGAAGAAACCAUAGAGGAAAAUCAAACACAACAGGAAACCAAAGAGGAAAAUCCUAUCCAAGAGGAAGCCACAGAGGAAACACAACAGGAAACCAAAGAGGAAAAUCCUAUCCAAGAGGAAGCUACAGAGGAAACACAACAGGAAAUCAAAGAGGAAACUCCUAUACAAGAGGAAUCUACAGAGGAAACACAACAGGAAUCCACAAAUAACAUUACAGAGGAAACACAACAGGAAUCCACAAAUAACGUUACAGAGGAAACCGCACAAGAAACGCAACAGGAAUCCACAAAUAACAUUACAGAGGAAACACGACAGGAAAAUGAGCAGGAUGCUGUGAAGGAAACUGCAGAGGAAACACAGCCGGAAGCCAUGGAGGAACCAGAGCAAGAAACUGAAAGGAAAAGAGAGGAGAUCAUAGAGGAAGCACAGCAGGAAACCACAGAGGAAAAAGCACACCAGGAAACCACAGAGGAAAAAGCACAGCAAGAAACCACAGAGGAAAAAGCACAGAUGGAAAAUGACAAGGACACACAGGCAGAACCCGCUGAAGAAAAGCCAGGCUCAAAGCUCUACCUGGCAGUAAAGGGGAAUAACCCUGAGGAAGUGAUGAGCCUGUUAAACUCUGGAGAGGAUGCAAACCUCCGCGGGAUGAACGGACAGACCCUGCUGCAUUUGGCAGUCAGCAUCAAUGCAGCACCCUCUAUAUUCACCGCUCUGCUAGACAAAAUGGACGAUUUCACCCAGCGCGAUGAAAAUGGUUAUUCCGUACUGGAGCUUAUCUAUGUCCACGACUACUCUGAGGAAGCCGAGAAUGCUUUAAAGGCUAAAGUUCGCAGCCGCAUUCUGGAAGGUGAGGUGGAGAAGAUAAGGAGUCUAGUGUUAUCUGGCUGGAGCUGGUAUCCUGUCAGCGCAGACGAUGUCAGGGAAACAUCUGUAGAGGCAGCGGAAUUCAUGGAAAAGCUGUCAGAAUACAAGGAGAAAAUCGCCAGUGUUCACAAGGCUGUUGAGGAAGGCAACACUGGUGUAAUAGAGUUACUACAGGAAAAUAAGGAGCUGUGUGAGGCAUAUGACAGGACUGGGUUACCUCCCCUGACAAAGGCCGUUAUCCUUAGAAAGAUGGAGGUGGCACAGGAAAUGGCCUUGCAAUUACCAGGCAGCCUCAAUCUCAAGGACAACCUUGGGAGAGUUGCACUCCACUAUGCCGCAUCCUGGAAAGAUGAAGGUCAGAUCUACCAGGCUUUACUGGAUGCUGGUGCUGUGGAUACCACAGAUGAGCAAGGUCACACAGCAAUGGAAUACAAGGAAAACCCAGAACUUCUGGAUGUGAACAAAGUUCAGCAAAGGGUGCUGAGAAUCCUCCAAAAGGCCCCAGUCACAGAGAGAGUGAAACAGCAAGAAGGUGAUACAUCUCAAGGUCAAACGGAGGUUCAAAACGAACUGGAAGCCACAGAAGCUACAGCUGAUGUCACAACUGAACCAACUGUAAAAGAAAAUGCUGACAAGUUAUCACCUAACCUCCUAGAGCAUGACCUAAAUGACAAACCUAUACCUAAGCACGAGAGAAAGCCCUACAAAAGACCGAACAACUAUGAAGGCCAGUACCUGGCUGACAACCUGGGGUCUGCCCUGACCCUUGCCCUGGCUGAGAUCGCAGAGCGGCGACCGUGGGAUCCUAUAGAAUACCUUGCCCACUUCCUGUAUAAAUUUCGUGCCAACAUGGAAUUCGAACAAAAGGAGAGGGAAUUACAACAGAAGCUUCAGGAUGAAGUGAACGAACGUGAGAAUGAAAGGCUGAGGAAACAGAAACGUAUGGAAGAGGAGCGUGCUAUCAGGGAGGAGGAGGCGAGGAGAGAGAGAGAGGAGCGAGAAGAAGAGGAGAGGAAGAGGCUGGAGUUGGAGGAGCAGCAGAACAGGGCUAAAGAGGCCAUCUUAUCGCAGGCCCCUGACCUACCUACAGUGAUGGAGGAGACAGGGGAAAUUGAAGGCAGUAUGAAAGACAAGGACGAGACUGGACAGUCUGAACUUCAUCGCCUAGCUGCGGUUCCAGGAAGUGACCUUCUGGCCCUGCUAAACUCAGGCUUCAGUCUGGCUGACAGAGACGAACAUUACAGGACUCCAAGAGACAUCGCAGAAGAGAAAGGGCUUGAUCAGAAUGUGGAAAUUCUUGACAACUACAUAGCUAACAUGUUGGAGGGAGAAAAGCUGGCAGAACUAGAGCGGCUGUUGUUGGAAGGUUACGACAAAUUCCCACUCAUUCUGAGCAAGGUCAGCACAGAGGGUUUACCCGAGGAGGUCACGAACUUUAUCAGCGCAAUCCCACAGUUACAGACCAAAGUGACGGAGGUAGCCAAAGCUGUGAAAUCAGGGGUAGAGCGUGAUGUGAGACAGACACUCGACAGGAAACGGUUCGUCCUGGCCAAGGACAACAAGGGUCGGACCGCUCUGCACAACGCGGUGCUGUAUGAUCACCCUGAGGUCACAGAGUACAUCACCCAGACGUUUCCCGUCAGUGUCAAAGCCAGGGACAAUCUGAACAGAACUCCGCUCCAUUACGCAGCUGCCCUGUCAGAUGACCUGUUUGACCUCUUGGUAGAACAUGGUGCAGAUCUGACCGUCAAAGAUGUGAAAGGAAAGACACCUAGUGAUUACAAAGAGGAUAAAGGGGAGAUAAUCAAGUUGAGAGAUGAAACCCAUGAUGAUGACGACGAUGAUGAUGACGAUGACAACAGUAACGAAAAAGACAAUGAUAACACUGAAAAAGAUGCUGACAACAAUGACCAUACUGAGGAGACAAAUGAAAAAGAGGAUGCCGCAGAAACAUGAAAUGUCACCAUUACUUCACACAUUGUUUGAAAUGAAGAGUGGAAAACUGCUUUAUUACCGUUCAACAUGGUAUACGUCCAAUCUUUACAUUUGCCUAUCUUUUUCAGGGUAACAGCUGUAUUUUGAAUCACGGUUACAUUUGUCUGUGAUAGUAUUCACCUUAGCAUCAGUAUUUAACGAGUUGUCUUUCCAAUAUGUUCAAAGGAUGAAACUGUAGUAACAUUUAUCAGUUAUAUGGUUCAGCCUUACUGCCUUCUAGUAUUAAAAUAUACACAGAGUGAUUGGUAACUGAUUUACAGCAGCAAACAAAUUUGUUUUAAAUCACAAACUGAUUAUGCAAAUUUAAAAAGCUGCCUGUACACAAUUCAGUGAUCUUUGAGUCUUUGAGCUUAUAUACUUUAAUCAAGUACGUUUCCUAUUAAAAACCCACAUGUUCUUCUCUGUUAAACCAGUUACCCUAGCUUUACGGAUAAAGGGUACUGUUUGUAAAGUUUGUAACCUAUUUAUAAACCACAUGUAGUAAAGAAAAGUUUAUCAUAUAUCAUGUGUUGUUAAUGACAUUCACCAUUGAAUCGUCCAAUACCUGUUUUAGAUGUAUUCACAGGAUUUCCAAAACUCACUGUACAUAUACCACAAACAAAAAAAUCCCCCAAAAACAUAAAAUAAUUUCUCCAUUUCAUUGUUGUUUUUCAGUUUAAUAUAGAACUUCCAUUCU